AAAGGGUGGAUUGUUUUAAAAGGCAACAGAAAGGACAGAAGGAUGAAAAUGCUCGCAGCACCCGUCCCACCGAUCGCCUUUCUUGAAAGCUAGAAAAGCAAUUUGGAUAAGGGAUGCGAUGGGAACUACAAAGAGCAAUGAAACUGCUAUUAAAAAGUCUCGCAAUACUUCACUUCCAGUCUGUAAUUUGAUUUUUUCCCCUUAAGCAAGUAAUUUCCCCCCUUUGUUGCAAGGAACUAGCACUUCAAAGAGACCACCCUAAUCGCCUUUUCUAAGCCGUAGCCAGAGCUUGACCUCCGCCCCAGACAGCAGCCAACUAACUACGCCGACAAUGAAGGGGUGGACUGAGCCGCGCGGAGGACACGAGCCACACACAUCCCCGAUGUCCUCGCCUUCACCGCAACCCGGCGUGUAACGAUUUGUAAUUCUCUUUGUUCCUCUCUCGGAUCGAUGUCCUCCUUCUUCACGCCACCUCGCCGGGCUGCUUCCUUCGCGGGCAUUUGCAGGAGCGGGAAGGAGAAGCAGCCGCCUGGAAAAUAACAACCUGCAGCCGCAGCAGCAGCCGCCGCUCCUCUCCCAGCUUGGCGAGGCAUGGCCCACCCGCUGCAGGAGCAGGAGAGAGAAGCCCUGCUGUGCCCUCUGCCUCGCCAGUGCCUCUUCCCCACCCAGUCCGCGGCCAUCUGCAGCCCCUCAGCAGCAGCGCGGCGGUAUGGGCAGCGGCGCGACUCCCUCCUGACAGGGGCCACCCCGCCGCAAGGGCUGCUCCUCGGGAAAGACGCGCUGCAUUAACUUACCAGGCGCGAACACGCUGCAUCCUCCCCCCAGCCUGGAACUUGUUGCUGGUGGUGCUUGGCGGCGGAGGGGGAGCCCCGGUAGCUCUGGCUCCUUGUCUCGGGGCUGCCUUUCUCAGUGGCUCCCGUCUCUCCGCCUUUCCCGACAGGCUCCAUGCAAGCGAGCGCUCUGGCCAGACUUUGCCAGUGACCAAGCCUAUAUUGGCUCUAAAGUGAUCCCUCAGCAGCAGCUGCAGUAGCAGGUUGGACCAUGGCAGCAGGAGUAGCAGCUUGGUUGCCAUUUGCACGGGCAGCAGCCAUAGGAUGGAUGCCAGUGGCCACAAAUCCCAUGCCAGCUGCUCCCCGGCAGGAGAGAAAGCGAAGCCAGGACUCUCUGAUUGUGCUGAACGUGAGUGGUACCCAGUUCCAGACAUGGCAGGACACCCUGGAGCGCUACCCUGAUACACUGCUGGGCAGCUCGGAGCGGGACUUCUUUUACCACCCAGAGACACAGCAGUACUUUUUUGACCGGGAUCCUGACAUCUUUCGUCACAUCCUCAACUUCUAUCGUACAGGGAAGCUGCACUACCCUCGACAAGAAUGUAUAUCAGCUUAUGAUGAGGAGCUGGCCUUCUUUGGCAUCAUCCCUGAGAUCAUAGGUGACUGCUGCUAUGAGGAGUACAAGGAUCGCCGGCGUGAGAAUGCUGAGCGCCUGCAGGAUGACGCAGAUCAGGAUCAUGCAGCUGAGUGUUCCCUGCCUUCAAUGACAACUCGGGAGAGAAUGUGGCGGGCCUUUGAAAAUCCACACACAAGUACACUGGCCCUGGUCUUCUACUAUGUCACUGGCUUCUUCAUUGCUAUCUCUGUCAUUGCCAAUGUGGUGGAAACAGUGCCCUGUGGGGUAAACCCUGGUCGCAUCAAAGAGCUGCCCUGUGGGGAGCGCUACGCUGUGGCUUUCUUCUGCCUGGAUACUGCCUGUGUCAUGAUCUUCACUGUUGAGUAUCUGCUGCGUCUGGUGGCAGCCCCCAACCGCUACAAGUUUGUGCGCAGUGUCAUGAGCGUUAUUGAUGUAGUGGCCAUCAUGCCCUAUUACAUUGGUCUGGUGAUGACAGAUAAUGAGGAUGUCAGUGGGGCCUUUGUGACACUGCGUGUCUUCCGUGUCUUCCGGAUCUUUAAGUUUUCCCGCCACUCACAGGGGCUGCGCAUCCUGGGUUACACACUAAAAAGCUGUGCCUCAGAGUUGGGCUUUCUCCUCUUCUCACUGACCAUGGCCAUCAUCAUCUUUGCCACGGUCAUGUUCUAUGCAGAGAAAGGUUCAUCAUCCAGCAAGUUCACCAGUAUCCCUGCAGCCUUCUGGUACACCAUUGUCACUAUGACAACGCUGGGGUAUGGUGACAUGGUGCCGAAGACAAUAGCUGGGAAGAUUUUUGGUUCAAUUUGUUCCCUGAGUGGGGUCUUAGUCAUUGCUCUGCCAGUUCCUGUAAUUGUCUCCAACUUCAGUCGUAUCUACCACCAGAAUCAACGAGCAGACAAGCGCAGGGCACAAAAGAAAGCCAGACUUGCUAGAAUUCGAGCAGCAAAAAGUGGGACUGCUAAUGCUUACAUGCAGAGCAAACGAAAUGGCUUACUGAGUAACCAGCUUCACCAGUCCAACAAGGAAGAAGAACAGAACUUUCUUAGCAAAUCUGGCUCUUCCUUUGAAACACAGCACCACCACCUGCUUCACUGUCUGGAAAAAACCACGGGUUUAUCUUAUGUUGUGGAUGAUCCCAUCUUAUCAAUAAGCUGUUCAACACCAUUUAAGAAUCACGAGUUUGUGGAUGAACAUGUCUAUGAAGACAGCUGCAUGGAGGUAUCCACAGUCAAUCGAUCCUCAAGCGACAGCCCCUCUCUCGUUUCCCAACAAGGCGUUACCAGCACUUGUUGCUCACGACGACAUAAAAAAACUUUCCGCAUUCCAAACACCAAUAUAACUGGCAGCCGCUCAGGCAGCAUACAAGAACUUAGUACCAUUCAGAUCAGAUGUGUGGAGAGAACAUCUCUAUCUCACAGCCGAUCCAGUUUAAAUGCCAAAACGGAAGAGUGUGUUAAACUAAACUGUGAGCAGCCAUACAUCACAACAGCAAUAAUCAGCAUCCCAACACCCCCAGUGACCACACCCGAAGAGGAUAAUAGGCCAGAAUCUCCCCCAUAUUCAGGAGGAAAUAUUGUCAGAGUAUCUGCUUUAUAAAACAAUUAGAAUAAAGACCACUUGCCAGCUGAGCUCUAGCAAUCAGAAGAGUUCUGGAGAAGGAGAGAGCUGGAAAAGACAAUACCCCCUUGGUCAGUGUUACCGCAGCCACAGAUUGAAGGGGUCAGAAGAAUUAAAACAUUUUGGGUUUCAGUAAAGCAGGCAACCAAACAGAGUUUCUACACAGCGUCUGAACGGUUAUACAGCGCAAUCUUCUGUGAUCAUUUUGACUUACUAUAUGAGCACAAUGAAAUGUCCCCCAUUGAUGCUUCUUAUUACCAUGGGAACUUUUUAAAAAAAAAAUAAACAAAACAAACAAAAAAUACCCCACAUUUGAACAUUAUGUUCCGACUGAAUGCAAAACAACAAUGAAAAACAUUUUGAUAACUUCAUUUUUUCCUGUUGAUAAACCGUGAACUUGUUGACAAACUCCCUAUUGUUAAAAAAAAAAAGAAAGGG